UUUCAAGUUGCUUGUAAUAUGGUUUCAUCUUGAGAAAAAAAAAAACAGAAAGAGAAAAUACAAUAAAUGUAUUCAGAAAAGAAGAAUAACCAAAAAAAGCAGCAAAUCUUUGGGAACGACCAUGUCACUGUAGCAUCUGUUUUUCUGCAAAUUAUUCUCUCUAUAAAUAUAUUUGAUCAUCAGACCAAUCUCUCCCUCAACAUUUCCUCAUCUCAUCUCUCUGAUUUCUUGCUUCGAAUUUUGAUUUAUCUCUCUCUGUCUCUCUCUCGGUCUCGUGCUCUAUCUCGUUUGUAGGCAGUGCCAAUUUCACCACUUGUGUUGUGUGUCAGCGGAUAUAGAAUCUGAGAGGAAUAUUUAAAGAUUCUCCCUUUGCUUCUUCUUUUUUAUACCGUUUCUAUUAAUGUUUGGGACUCUUGCUUCCGGCGAAAUCGAAACUGCCAGACUGAACCGUAAUUUGGGGAUUACGUCCAAUUUAGGGGUUUCCUGCGGUGGAUUUGAAGACUUUGCUAUGAGAUUCGAAGGGGAAAACAUGGUGCCAUACAAAGGUGAAGAGCAGGAGGAGGAAGAAGACCAAGUGGUGGUGAACGAAACGACGCCGUUCCAGUUUCAACAACCUUUGUUUCUGCAGCAGCAGCAGAAGCUCGUUGUUGGGUAUGCUCUGACUUCUAAGAAGAAGAAGAGUUUCUUGCAGCCCAAGCUUGAACUUCUUGCUAGGAGAAAAGGCAUUUUCUUUGUCGCCAUCGAUUUGAACCGGCCCCUAUCUGAACAAGGGCCAUUUGAUGUUGUUUUGCAUAAGUUGUUGGGAAAAGAGUGGGAAGAGGUUAUUGAGGUUUGGAAAACUGACUACUUUUCUUAUAUGUUUCUGGUUUUAGUUUCUUGCUUGAAGAUGGUAACCAAUCUGGUUUUGAGUUUCUUAGUUUGAACUAUGUAAAGGUAUUAACCCUUGAGUGGUAUUUGAAAGACUUCUGUUAAGCUGGGGCAGUUUUUCAGUCUGUGGAAAUUAUAUGUUGUCAAAUACAAUCUCAUGUUGUUUCACCGUUUUUGUAGGAUUACCAACAAAAACACCCAGAAGUGACUGUGCUUGAUCCUCCAGGAUCAAUACAGCGUAUAUAUAAUCGACAAUCGAUGCUUCAGGGUAUGGCAGAUUUGAAACUGUCAGAUUGCAGUGGCAGCCUUUUUGUUCCAAAGCAAAUGGUUGUCUUGAAAGAUUCAGCAGCUAGUGCUGAUGCAGUUGUGGAAGCUGGUCUCAAAUUUCCACUAGUUGCAAAGCCGCUCUGGAUCGAUGGGACUGCAAAGUCACAUCAAUUGUACUUGGCUUAUGACAGGCGCUCGCUUGCAGAGCUUGAUCCGCCUUUAGUCCUUCAAGAGUUUGUUAAUCAUGGUGGAGUUAUGUUCAAGGUAUUUGUGGUGGGUGAUGUUAUAAAAGUCAUGAGACGGUUUUCUCUACCAAAUGUGAGUAAUUGUGAAAAAGCCAAAGUUGAUGGCGUCUUCCAAUUCCCAAGGGUUUCAUCAGCUGCUGCUUCAGCUGAUAACGCAGACUUGGACCCUCGUGUUGCUGAGCUACCUCCAAAGCCUUUCCUCGAGGCGCUUGUGAAAGAGCUAAGAAGCUUAUUGGGACUUCGGCUUUUCAACAUAGACAUGAUCAGGGAACAUGGGAGCAAAAACGUGUUUUAUGUUAUUGACAUCAACUAUUUUCCUGGUUACGGAAAACUGCCAGACUACGAGCAAGUCUUUGUAGAUUUCUUCCAAAAUCUGGCGCAGGUCAAAUAUAAGAAGAGACAACAUUGUAAAUGAAAGAAAAUGGCGGCAGUUUUUAGAUGGUCUACUAAGAAGCGACAAAUAAUAAAAUGUCUAAUUAUGGAUUUGUACAGAAUUUAGCUCUCCCUUUUGGAAGCAGUAUCAGAUAAACAAGUUUUGAUUACUGAUUUUGAAUUUUCAGUGAAAUAAACGUCUCUUCAUCCAAAGUUGACCAAACGAUAUCUGAAUUCUUAUUUUGACCAUAGCGGUUCG